ACGGCUCUAUUUAUGGCUUUAUGUUUGUCUUAAACAGCAACAGCAGACACCAACCAGUCCAUGUAAUAUAAAUGUAAUAUAUAACGGAAUACUGUAGCCAUAAUAUAUUUUGGGACAUACUAAAGGAUAUUUUGAACAGCUGGGGGAACAAGGUGUUCUGUAGUUGUUUUUGAGAUCUGCUGACAGUAGGAUUUCAUAAGUGAAUGUUGUACGGACCUGACUCCUUCACAUAACGACCACUUCUUUAAACACAUAUUUUAACAGUAAGAUUUCUCAGUUUUAGUGUUGGUAAGGCAAUUAAAUAAUGCAUUAGGAUUGCAAUGUGUAAUAUUAAAAUAUCUUUAGUCUAGAAUAACACGGGAACCUGUACCAAGGAAUAGACAUACAGCGACCACACAAGUUUCCUGUAAUGACAGGAUAAGGUGACAGGGUGAUCAGUCAGCUGCCUUCAUAAAUAAAAGUCACCUCCCUUCUUUUCAUGAAACCUGUCUGAACAGAUGACAUAAUAUCGCUGCAAUCGGUGUAAUUCCAGCCUCUCUCCGUGUUCUCUCAGCUGAUUCUGUUCUAAUUUGACCCCCACGUCACCGCGACGUACUAACUCAGGCUGCUCAGGUUUCUGAGCCGCGCAAUGGAAGGACUUGUUGGUACAAAGCAGCUCUCUGAUUGCAACAGAGGGAGAAUGAUGAUCGGAAAGAUUCUGUCACACCUGCUCGGGAGCGCUGGCGACGACUUCGAGGCAGCAGACGACCCUUAUGAGGAGCUGAUCGAGUUUGAAGAAGGAGAAUGGGUCAUUGUUAAUCUGCCAGAGAGCGGCCCGCUGUCGGCCCCUGAUGUAGACCCUCUGGAGAACCUGCUGAUUGAGCACCCCAGCAUGUCUGUCUACCAGAUAAGACGCAGGAUGAGCGGAGUGGAGGAGGACGAGGAGCUGGGCUCUGAUGAAGAUGAAGAGGACAACUCCAGGCCAGUGGCAGUGAGGCGGCACAUUUCCUGGCGUCUGGCUGCCUGGGGAAUUCCUCUACCCUGCGACGUCCAGCUGCUGGCUGUCCAGCGGGCCAGGACCCAGGCCGAGUGGAAGAAGCUGAGCCGCGGCGCGCUCCACAGGCAGAACCUGGCCAAGACGCGAUUCUCCCCGGCAGAGAAGCGCUACGGCCACUUCAAGCAGCCCUGCCAGCGUCUCUACAACUACUAGAGGGGAGGGAAUGGAAGUGCAGGCGAGAGGGUGCGUCUCAAGCCCAGCGUGCAACGCAGUGCCUUGACCUCGAAAAAUUACUCAGGUUUUCCACCAGUGUUGCACAUCACACAUAUCCACCGAGGGCUAAGCAUUUGAGAUUCACCACUUCCUGGUGCAGUAUAAUGUGCUACAUGAACCACAGCGAAACAAGUUUCUAUUUUUAUGUUAAUAUCGCCUCUGCACUGUAAACUCUCACGUCAGAAACCAAACCUUGAUCUCCUGACAUCUUGAAUGACACAGUUGUUCCCUUAGGUUGGAAAGCAGUAGUAACACACACAGUUGCUUUCAAAUUAAAGUGUUUGUACAUCAUUCAAUGAGAACAGUUGAGUUGUUUGAUUUUGUUUUUUGUUUUUUUUAGAUUGAUUAGAUAUACGUAGGGGUAGGGUGUGUGAAAGUUUGAUGUUGUGACUGUUACAAUGUGUGACACUGAUCCAAAUAUGGAAAAUUCAAACCCGUAGAAUAAUCUGCUCGGAAUCGUGAUGCUGUUGGAUAAUGGCACAUUUGGAUCUGUAAUUCCUUGGUUGUGUUCAGUAUGUAUAACGCCAUGUGCCUUAGCCUAGACGUUCAUGUAAUGAGUGUGUUAAAGUGUAUUUCAUACCACAUUGACCUGUACAGUAUUCAUAGUGUUCAAAGACAUAAUGAUGCUCUGUGAAUUUCCUAAGAUAAAUGUUCCUUUAGCUUCUUAUCGAGUCUCAAGGAAUGAAACAAAAACCACUGUUCAUAUUUUGUACUGAGUCUACCAUUUUGUAAUUUUUCACCUUGUUCUCACAGUUUCACAAGUCGUUCGUUUUAGACUCAUGUGUGUAAAUACAGUUGAAUAUUAUGUUUUUCUAUUGAUGCCUAUUUAUAAAAUGUACAAAAAAAACUGCAAAUAAAUAUUGUUUUCAUA